AUGACGACGGACGAAAAUCAGCCUUGGAGCCAAGUCUCUCCGGACCUCGCCAAGAGGCCGCUCGUCGGUGUGGAGAAGGUGCUCAACUACACAGAAUACUACCAGAACGGAAACUUCCAACUCACGAUUGCUCUGCUCUUCGAGACAGGCAUUGCAUCAGAGACUCUGUGCGAGCGCUUACCACUUGCCCUUUGGUCUGUUCGCACUCGACUGCCAGAGCUCGGAACCUGGACAGUGACCAAUGACCAGAGCGCGGAGCUUGACCUCGAUCAUGCGCUGUGGCAGCCCAUCCGAUCGCUCGAGCAGGCUCAACAGUGGCUUCACGACACCGCCGUCGUCGUCAACGACGGCACUACUGUUCAGCAGAUGGUCGAUCGCCUUUCUAACCGUCGCAUCGAGCCGGUCGGCAAGCAGUUCCACGUCUACCUCGUUUGCGAUCCGCUCUACGGAGCUUCCGGUCUCAUCGUCAAUGCCUCUCACGUGCUCAACGGCCAUCGGGCGCUCUUCCAGGGCGAGUUGAUUUUCGAGGCGCUCCUCAACCCGCGCAUCUCGGACGCGAUCAGGCAGCAUCAGGAUGCUGGGGCUGCGCUCGCGGCCAUGUUCAAGCCCGAAGAGCUGUCCGAAUCGCUUGCGAAGCUUCCGCAGAGCCUCAACACCGCCUAUGCGGACAAGUUCCAGCCGGGCGCAUCGGAGAUCGCAGCGGGCUUCCACAAGGUGGGUGAGAAGCUGGCCAACGGUGCUCAGCCGUCGAUCGGCAUUCCUCGAUUCGAAGCACCCAGCGCAAAGCCUGCAUACUCUCUCGGCACCUACGAUGGUGUGCACAUGUCGAUGCUCAACUUGCGAUCGCGAAUCAAGGCGGCGGAUAAUCAGAACCUCAAGCGCGCCUGCAAGAAGAACGGAGCGAGCGUGCCUUCGCUCGUGUAUGCAUGCAUUGUGAACAGCAUUGAUCGACGCUGCGGGUCGAGCACGGGCUCUGAUGGCGCUGCGCUGGGUGCCAACCUUGCGUACUCUGCGCAUGCAAGUCGAUGGAUGCCGGCGGAGACGUUCAUGGAGCGCUCGCCAGUCAACAUGGCGAUUGUGCUCGGUUCGGGAUACUUGUCUCCCGAAGAGCUGCAGCCAGGACAGCGCGGAAGCAACCUGGACGAGGCAGGACUCUUUGCACUCGCGCGCACGAUUCGCCAAAAGCAAGACGACUUUCUCGACACACCGCACAUCAUUGGUGCCAUGCCGGAUCUCGGAGAGCAAGUUUCGUCGCAGCUUGCCCAAGCGGCCGAGCGUCAACGACAAGCAGGGACGGACUGGCGCUUAGCACUUUCGGAAACCUCGCCGGUGGUCUGCCCUCCUACACUGACUUCGCAGGGAGUCAUCCCCGUCAAGCGAUUCUACACGGCCCAGGGUGCCUCCAACAAGCUUCAGCUGGAGCAGCCUGCGGAGGAGUACCUCGAGUUUGUCGACAUUUGCUCGGGUGGUAGGACUACAGAUGCCUCGGUGUGCUUUGCCAUGUUCACCCACGCCGGUGCUUUGACGCUGCAGGCCCACUUUGACUCGCACUUUUUCGACGCCAAGCUCGUCCGCAGCAUCUUGGACGAUGUAGUGUCGCAGCUGCGUGCUGCCGCUGCAUCUGCAAGUCUCACCAGCCCAGACCAAGCCAAGCUCUAG